CUGUCUCUGUGAUCAGCUUAACUCUCUGCGGGGAGUAGGAGAGUUAAUCCGAAGAUCACCUGCUAGGAUCAGAGAAGAUGCACGGAGUCUUAAGGAGUCAAGGUGACAUUCACGGGUACUUCGUCAGAUUUUUCCGAUAUUAACCCUCGCCUCUAAGUCCAUCCGAGGCAGACCUACCCCGCCGGCUAGCGCUACUCAGUUCACGUCGUCUCGUCUGCUCUCCACCCUGACUUUAAACAGUCGCCUCGUUCACACUCCUCGUCAAUAAGAACAAACUAAUCUGACUGCACUUCCGUUUAGGGAAGAAACCACAAUUUCGGAAGUAUCUACAUUCGUAAAUUUAUUUUGUGUGUGCAUACGAACGAUGCAGAUUACAAUGAACUGACCACCCAAAGCGCGAAGAUUCAUGGGAUUCUUAGAUGGCUGAGAGCCAUGACCAUCUAGAUGACAGGCGGAUUCGACGUUAAGCGACGAUGAGUCGUCAACUUGCGUUGACAGGUCCGCACGGAAGAGUGAAGUCGGAGGAGUGCAUCAUCUUGCUUCCAGAAGACGAACCCAGCGUCAAGCCACGUGCAUGUCGGGCUAGUCGAGUCCGCUGUUCCUGAGGGUGAGGGAGUGCCGAGCAGCGACCAAAGUGGUGUUGGCAUUCUUCUUCGGAGCCAUGCACACGACGAAAAAAUAUCGCUGGACUCCUGUGAUGACUUGGUUUAUUUCGUAGGCAAAAAUGAGCAAGAGUUUGUGGGCCGGAAGUCAUUGCUGUCCGCCAUUUCGCCUGUGUUCCAAGCCAUGUUUUCCGGAAACUGGAAAGAAGCAGACGGCAGACUGACGAUAUCCCCUGAUAUCAAUCCAGACAGCUUUAUUUUUCUGCUCAGAUACGCCGCCGGCGAGAAAAAGCAAGAACUAGACGAUGAGUCGGUGUGGACCGUGCUGCAAGUGGCUGACAUGUAUCAAGUCGAGGCGCUGAUCGAGGCCUGCUUCCGCUUCCUGCUGGUGGGUCACGGCCGUUGCGACGAGGCCCGGCACCUGUGCGUCGUGCUGGAACUGACUCACCGCCUGCACAGACCCACCUGGCGGCGCAGGUGUCUGCGACUCAUCUCGACCCGCAAGGCGGCAAAGGUGCUGGGCAGCAAGUCGUGCCUGAAGGAGUUGUGCCGAGAGUGCAUGCUAGCACUAGUCCAGGCCGAAGACAUGCACGUCGACGACGAGGUCCUAGUGCUGAAGGCCGUGUGGACCUGGGCCAUGCAGGCCUGUCGCAAAAAUCGACAGGUGAAGGUGAGGCGCAGCGAGCUACGGGAGUCGGCCGGUGAUCUAGUCUAUCACGUUCGCUACCUGUCCAUCCCUCGCCGCCAGCUGACCAAUCUCCUGCGGUUCGAUGCCGGACCCUGUCUGCUGACUGGCUGAGGAAAAAUAUAAUUUGCUAGUGAACGACGGCUCGCUCUUUCCCCCACCGUUCGAGUGGCACGCAACUCCACGGACGACAGUGACGACAGCACGCACGAGCGCGGUCUGCGCACGCUGGACCUCCCUCACCGGGAGGUCCAGAAGUGUGGACCCCGGGGUUACGUGUGUACGGCACUGCUGGCCCUGCUCUUCCUGGCGCUGUUGUUCACCUUCGGAUUCCCCAUCAUUCCUGCCGCCGUCGUUGCCUUCAUGUAUGGAGCGGGCAACGGUACUGACCUCUUCCAGCACAAGCACGGCAUGUAGUAGAUGUUACUGAAGCCGUUACUCCCAUGUGUUACCUGCUGGCUCUCACACCUAUUCGUGGACUUUCACGUGUGGCACGAUAGAGAAAGACUUAAAUGCCUUCAGAGCGCAGACUCGAGUGAUAAAAACAAAAAAAAAUCAAAACACACAUGCGUAAAAGGAGGUCAGAGGUGUAGUUAGGAAGUGUAACGCCAGGAUGGGUGGAUUAAAAGAUAAGGAGGUAUGACGCCACAUCUCACCCGGAUAAGGGUCAACUAUUUUAAGAAACCUUAAUCUCCUUCUGACACUGAUACCUUUAAUGUAUUUACCUAACCCUACUCCCAAAUGUUUCAGUUUGGUUAUCGUUCUUUCUCAUUCGAGCUUGGUGGUACUACUGGGUACAGAAAGGGUGUUAGAAUCUGCCCCUUGUGGUUAUAUAUACGUGUACACAUAUUUAUUUGGACAUAUGUCAUAUGAUGUGGCUUGGCAUUACAAAUAAAUUCUGAAAAAACAGA